AUGAUCAACGCCGUACUAGUCUUCAACAACGCAGGCCAGCCGCGCCUGACAAAGUUUUACACGCAGCUGGAAACAAGCGUCCAGCAACGGCUCAUCUCGGAGAUCUUCACUCUCGUCGCAAACCGUCCAAACUCAGCAUGCAACUUCCUACCUCUACCGCCGCUCCUAGCUAGUAGCUCCAAAUCCUCGACUCCCACAACGCCUCACAACGACACGCCCUCGCUGGUGACUUACCGCCAUUACGCAACCCUCUACUUCAUCGUCAUUUCCACCUCGACAGAAUCGCCCCUCGCCCUGCUCGACUUGAUCCAGGUCUUUGUCCAGGCCCUUGACGGCUUUUUCGAAAACGUAUGCGAACUAGAUCUAAUCUUCAACUUUGAGACGUUGCACGCCACGUUGGGCGAGAUGAUUGUGGGCGGCGUCGUCGUAGAGACACAGCUCGACAAAGUCAUUCAGGCAGUCAAGGCGCAGGGCAGAGUAGCGAAGAGGCCAGUUAAUGAGGGGAAGAACCUAGGCAGCGGCAGCGGUGGCGGUGUCAUGGGGGGGCUUACCUUUGCUGGCCUGGGACGAGGAGAUGGCAUCUGGACCGGACGAUGA